AUGUUUGAUUGUUGUUACAAGACAACAUACAUAGGCGGCCAAAAAGAGGGGUUUGUAAGGUUGGAUGAUCUGGAUUGGAAUUUGUCAUAUCCAUCUAAUACAGGUGCAAUGAAAAGGUUUGGGUUCAAUAUAGAGGGAGUACCCCCUCCUGGUCCUCCACGGCCUACUGCGUCUAAGUCGAUAAAGUUAGGAAUGAGAAGAGGGUCUGAAGGACUUAUAAAUUUUGGGCAGAGUUUAAGAACCGGAGUCACCCGGGCAGUGUUCUCGGAAGAUCUCAAAGUGUCCGAGAAAAAAAUAAUCGAUCCUCAAGACAAAAAUCUACUGAUAUGGAACAAGUUUUUGGUUUUAUCUUGCAUUCUUGCCGUAUAUGUGGAUCCUUUAUUCUUCUACAUACCUGUUUAUCAUAACAAGGACAGAUGCUUAAAAAUACACAAAAGUUUAGCACACUCCAUCACAACGGUGAGGACCAUAGUUGAUAUUUUCUACCUUGUCCGCAUUGGUCUCCAGUUUCGCACAGCAUAUAUUGCUCCUUCUUCUCGAGUUUUUGGACGUGGCGAACUUGUAAUAGAUCCUGGACAGAUAGCAAGGCGAUAUAUGCAACGUUAUUUUAUUGUUGACCUUCUUUCAGUGCUACCUUUACCACAGAUUGUGGUCUGGAGGUUCCUUCACAGGUCAAAAGGUACAGGUGUGUUGGGCACAAAGAAGGCUUUACUAUGGAUUGUAAUUGUGCAAUACAUUCCUAGGUCCGUCCGUAUCCUACCACUGUUUUCAGAGCUCAAAAAGACUGUGGGUGUCAUUACUGAGACGGCUUGGGCCGGUGCAGCAUAUUAUUUGGUUUGGUUUGUUCUUGCUGGCCAUAUUUUUGGGGCUUUCUGGUAUCUGUUAGCCGUGGAACGUAAAAGUACAUGCUGGGAGCUAACUUGUAAAAAGGAUGAUAGAUGUGAAAUAGAAUAUCUCUACUGUGGGCAUGCGGAAACGGAAGGCUACAAAGCUUGGAUGAAAGUCAGCCAGGCCACUCUUGAUGAACACUGCCUUGAAAAUGAGGCAUAUGGUGAAUUCGAUUAUGGGAUCUACUUACAAGCUGUGCAAUCUGGAGUUGAUUCAUCCGAACAUUUUCCGUCUAAAUACUGCUAUUGUUUGUGGUGGGGCUUGAGAAACUUGAGUACACUCGGCCAGGGGCUCGAAACCAGCACCUAUGCUAAAGAAAUUAUUUUCUCGAUCAUAAUCGCAAUAUCUGGGCUCAUACUCUUUGCCCUUCUCAUCGGCAACAUGCAGACUUAUCUUCAAUCCCUUUCGGUUCGGCUGGAAGAGAUGAGGAUUAAAAGGCGAGACUCCGAACAAUGGAUGCAUCAUCGGUUACUUCCCCAGGAGCUCAAAGAACGAGUCCGAAGCUACGAUCAGUACAAAUGGGUGGAAACAAGAGGAGUAGAUGAAGAGAGCUUGGUUCAGAGUCUACCAAAAGAUCUCAGGAGGGAUAUCAAGAGACACCUUUGUCUGAAUUUAGUCAAAAGGGUUCCGUUGUUUGCAAAUAUGGAUGAACGCUUACUCGACGCCAUAUGCGAGCGUCUUAAACCGAGUCUCUACACAGAAAAGACGUAUGUUCUAAGGGAAGGCGACCCGGUCGACGAAAUGUUGUUCAUAAUCCGGGGUCGUUUAGAAAGUGUCACCACGGAUGGUGGGAGAAGCGGGUUUUUCAACCGGGGUUUCUUAAAAGAAGGCGAUUUCUGUGGGGAAGAAUUGCUAACGUGGGCCCUAGAUCCGAAGUCGGCAGGUAACCUACCGCCAUCUACUCGGACCGUGAUGGCGUUAACGGAAGUCGAAGCGUUUGCACUUAUAGCAGAUGAAGUGAAGUUCAUUACAAGUCAGUUCAGGCGGAUUCACAGUCGACAAGUUCAACACACGUUCCGGUUUUAUUCGCAACAAUGGAGGACGUGGGCCGCGAGCUUUAUCCAAGCGGCCUGGAGGAGGUAUUCUAGAAGGAAGCUUCUAGAAUCCCAUCGGUUGGAGGAAGAAGAAGAAGAAGAUGAUGAAUAUCAAGAUUACGAUGAAGACGAGGAUGACGAUGAUAUUAAUGUUAACGAAGAAAGUGCGUUGAUACGAGGACGUGCAUCAUCCUCAUCGUUUGGUGCAACGAUGUUAGCAUCGAAGUUUGCCGCAAACACUAUGAAACGAAUUCAAAGGAAGCGUGGUACGUCUACGGGGUUUAUUAAUCUUCAAAAGCCUUCCGAGCCGGAUUUUGGUGCAGAAGAUAAAUAGCGUUCUUCUUUCUACCUGUAGAUUAAA